CUUAGAAACCUGCCAAAGGCACUAAUCAGAGUUUCCCACAGAUUUGGUUCCUUUGAAACAAAUGGUUAUUAAAGCACUAAACUUCCAGGGAACGGGAGCCCCGAGGCUUCCUCUGCCCGUGGGCAGCCCGCCCCUCACAGCUGCUAAGGCACAGGAACGUCAGCACAGCAUCAGCCACAUGCCCGGCUCUUAGGAAGGGAAUAAGACCCGGUGCCUGCCCCCAAAGAGUUGAGGGUAGGCAGGCACCAGACCAGGGCAGGCGAUGGACAGAAGGCAAUGGAAAGCCCCACACCUGAACUGCAAAGUGCCGCGAGCACGUCGCCCUUCGGCCUGGCGAGAGCCCCAGUGUUGCCACCAUGGAGACACGCAAGCGGGAGAUGGAGCUGCUGAGCAACAGCAUGGCCGCCUACGCCCACAUCCGAGACAAUCCGGAGAGCUUUGGCCUCUAUUUUGUCCUGGGCGUCUGCUUCGGCCUGGUGUUAACCCUCUGCUUGCUGGUGAUCCGCAUCUCCUGCCAGCCACGCACCCGCCGCCUCCCUGCCAAGCCCAGGAGGAGCCUGCGGGACGUCAGCGAGGAAGACGAGGAGGAGGAGGAGGAGGAGGAGGAGGACACGGUUGACAACGUAGCGACGGAGUCCCCGCUGCCCAUCACCGAGAUCCCCCUGGAGAACCACAGCCCGGCAGAUGGCACCUUGACUGUCAAUGUCUUUGCCUCGGCGGAGGAGCUAGAGCGGGCGCAGCGGCUGGAGGAACGGGAGCGCAUCAUCCGGGAGAUCUGGCGCAACGGGCAGCCGGACAUCCUGGGCACGGGCACCGUGGGCAGAGUGCACUACUACUGACUGCGGGCACGGGGCCUGGCUGCCCAGCUCCCUGAGCUAGACUGUGACGGCAGCCCCCCAGCCACGUGGGGCCCUGGUAGGACGGCCCGCUGCACGCGCUGCUCUUGGGCUCCCUUUCCAGGAGUGCCCGUGAGUCUGGAGAUGUUCCCCAGCCCUUUGCACAGCCCUGGGCACCGUGUCUGUGUGCGAGCCAGGCGGGGCUUGGCCCCCUGAAAUGCCCCGUUAGCUGGCGCCAGCUGUGCAUGGCGUUUGUUACUGGCGGAGCGAAUGGCACCCAGCUCUGCCAAGUACCAAGCUCCCCGAGGAGCUGCUCUCGUUAACUGACUGCUCAGGGCCCCUCUCACCGCUGGUGAUGGGGAUCCCCCCGCUCUUCCUGCAGGAGCUCCCUGCCCCCACCUGAUCAGGGACACCAUGCAGGGCCUGCCAGGCUGGCUUCCCACCCUCAGCGAACCAAGUGCAUGAGACGGCAGCAAGGAGAGAACUGGAAGGGUCCUGCUGGGGUAUGGAUGGACUGGGGCUCAUGGACGGACACCCCCAGAACUGCCACCAUGGGUGGCUUUGUCCCUUCCUCUGAAACACCUGGUACUGGCUGGUGUUGGAGGGACAAUGCCGGACUAACGGGUCCCCCCGGGGCCUUGCCCCCACAUACUGCAGAAUGCUAGGUAAGGUAGAGCUUAGAGGCUAGGAGCAGUGCGAUAGGGACUGGGCUGUUAGCAGUAGUUCCUGGGGUGCUCGUGUCACGGUGUGUGGGGGAGUCAGAGCCCUGCACCCCCGACGGCCUGCAAUUCACCGUGACUCUCAGCCAGCCCAUAAAACAGAAGGUUUAUUAGACGACAGGAACAGAGCUUGUAGGUACAGAGAACAGGAUCCCUCAGUCAGGUCCAUCUUGGGGUGUGGGUAGCCUAGACCCAGGUUCAAGGCCUCCCCCCAUCUCCCCAGCCAGCUCCAAACUGAAACUCCCUCCAGCCAUCUCACCCCCCCCCCACCCGCUCCUCCUCCAGCCUUUGUCCAGUUUCCGAGGCAGGGAACUGACAACCCCCACCUGGGCUCAGGUUACAGAGGGCAGUCGCCAGCCUUUACGUGCUGGCCGGCCGGUAUCACCCCUCAGUGAAGUCACCCCCUGAUUUCCCAUCCCCAUCUAGUAUUAAUGCAGACAGUAAACUAGUAAAACUCCCAUGCAACAUUCCCAGUUAAUUCUCCCUGCUCCGUCCCAGCUCGGUUCAGCUGCCCGCCAUGCCCACGGCUCAGGAGGCAGGCAUGGGGCCGAGCUGCCCGUUGGCUGUGCCGUGACUGGUCCUGCAUGGCCACGGCCGAAGGGCUCUGUGCCCAUGGGGGCACCCCCAGCCCUCCCAGGAGAAGAGAACCCUGCUGACCCCAUGGGCAUGCGGCUGGACCCCUUUCGUGGCACUGGCAGGUGUCUGCUAGGCCCAUGCACGUGCCUGGCCCAGCAGUCCAGCCUCUGGCAGGCAAGCCCCAGAGCUCACCAAUCCCCAGCAGCCCAGGGUCCCAGCCACUCCUCUUGGCCACUGGUUCAGCUUGGGCUCCUGGCUGGGGGUGGUUGGGGGCGUGAACGGAGCCGGGGCCCAGCAGCUGCAGGAAGGGUGGUAGUCAGCACCAGCAGCAGCUCACUGUCUCGCUCCGGUGCUAUAGGAAGGGAGAGACUUGGGCAGGGGUGUGGGCCCAGGACCGUGAAUCUUACACUCUAGGCCCCCUGUCUGUGCCAGGCCCUGGGAAUGCAGCAGGCUGCUGGGCCUUCCUGGAGCCGCGACAGGGGGUGGGGGCUGCUGGAGACAGAGGAAGCUGCUGGGAGUCUCUGUCACAGGAAGAGCUUCCCAUUCCCCAGCGUCUCUGAAACCAACUCCAGCUGGGACGUCACAGCUACGCAAGGCCCCCGCCUCCCCACAUCUGCCUGCAGAGAGAGAGAGACCCCCCCUGCUUCCCCCCCAGGGCAGCAGGGAGCCCCUCCAUGGGCUGUGUCUCCCCUCCACCCAAGGGGCAAGGGCUGGGUGCAGUGUUCCUCUUGGACACUGGGGUGGCACCGUGCAGCACAGGGACAUUUCUGCACCUUGAGCAGUUGGUACGAUUCCCUCCCCACUCUCCCCGUAGCCACUCCCUGGGGAGCUCCGGAAAGGGAAGUCAGGGCAGUGCUGCCCCCACCCGCUCCAGGUUGGAGCCUGGCCCCAAACCAGCCCCUUGGCUGCUCAGCAGGGUGGGUGAGGUCGGCCACUGGUGCUUCCCCGGGCAGCACCGCCACAGCUCCCUGGUCUGACUGCAAGGCCCACGCUGCCAUUGCGGCCAGCUUGGUAGGUGCCCGGCCAGCCUGCCCCUGGAGCCUGGUCCCAGAGCACGGGGCCCAUGGGGGGUUAGACCAAGCCCGACUUCUCACUUUGGGGUUUGCAAAGGACGUUAAUUGUGGCAACAUGGUCAGGGCGUUUGGCCAUCUCUGCCCGGGCCAGGGGCACUGGGGCUUGUGCCCAGGAGCCGGGGGGAGCCCCACAGCAGCAUGCAGUGCCUGGCUCCAGCCAAAGGAUGGUCUCACCGGCGAGGGGCCCUUCUGGGGAGUGCCUCCAGGGCAGCGUGGGUAGCACAACGUAGGCAGAGCCCUCUGGCCCUGAAAUGUGCUUUUAUAAACGGCAUGAACCCUUCCCCGAAGCUGUGUGGUCUCUCAUGGCAUCUGGGGCUAGCCCCCCUUCCAGCCCCAGCUGUUCUCCUCAGGGCAGUGCCCCAUCCUGGCGCUCAGCUCUGCCUGCUGGGAGCAGCCUGGUCCCCCAAGCACAACAGACGAGGGCAGGGAGCCCCGUGCUCCAGGGACAGGCUCCAGUCGCCCGGGGGCCGUGCCUGCCCCCCCAAGGAUUCACCCAGCACAGAGUCAAUGCAGGGCAGCACCCAGGGCCCUGUGGGAGUGGAUGUAGCAAGCUCAAGACCUGGCUGAUGGUGAGGUUGAACCAGGCAGGGCUGGCCCUGAGCAGGGCCGAGGGGCAGGCCUCAGGGCUGGCCCACAAUGUUUUGGGACCUGAGGCGGGGAGCUCACGUGAUGCCCCCUUCCCCAGGCCAAAACCUUGAAAGGUCUCCAUGCUGGGUCCUAGUGGUGCCCCCCCCCACUGAGAGUCUGGCACCUGGGGCAGCUGCCUCAGUUUGCCUCAUGGUGAGGCCAGCCCUCCAUCCCUGUCCCUAGACCCCAGUUGCUGUGCAGUUGGGUCAACACCCCCCACCCCACCCCUCAGUUUCCCUGGCUGGAGCCUGGGGGUGAGAACCCUUUGAGCGGCCGCUAGGGCAGUAGGUGCAAGGAGCAGUGAGGGUCCAGGCCUUAGAGCCUGCGCCCUUGGCAGGCAGCUGCCCCAGGGCACCUAGGAGCCCCAACCCAGCAUCUGUGCCUGCCCCCAGCCCCCAUCCCCUUGGUCCUGAGCCCAAGCCUCCCCCUGCCUUGCAGGAGCUGCUGUCUGGAGAAACCUUCCCAGGCUCCUUCCCCUCCCCCGGCCCCAGCAUUCCUGCUAAAAUUAGCUGCUGUCCCUUUCCGGCAGCAUCUGACUUGCCCCCAUCAGUCACUCGCUGCUUCCUGGAUGUUUGGGGGGGGAGAGGGAGGGAGAGCACUGCCGGUUCUGGGCUGGCUGCCAGCAGGGUAGCCCAGCGGCCUGCGGUUAGUGCAGCCAGCCGCAAGCCAGGGCGAUGGGGCGGCUCCCAGCUAGCUGGGGUUUGGGCUGCUUUCAAAGUCUAUGGCAAGCUAUACCCCCCCACCCUAAGUCAGGGGCUGCCCUUUGCUCUGCUGUUUGUUCAGUGCCUUGUGUAAACACGCCCCAGUUUGGCCCCCCCUUAGCCCCUCAGCCAGCAUGAAGGACCCCCCUGUGCCUCUCACUUCCAGGAGCUGGCACUGAGCCCACGGCAGCCCAGAGCCCCCUGCCUACGAGGGUGCAGUGCCACAUGGCACCAAGGGGCCGACCACGCAGCCUGCUGGCUCCGGGGCAGCGAAGGGCCGAACAGCCCGAGCUGUGCUGAGCCCGGUCCAGCCCAGGGCUGCCUCUGCCAGGCCGCAGCUGCGCUAAACAGUCCUGGGGCAGCCCCCCCGCCUGUGUGUGUGGGAGAAGAAUGAGACCUUCCCCCGCCUGAGGCCACAGCCCCACUGUCCCAGGCCAAUGUACAAAAAUAGCUCAUUCCCACCAGGGCCCGGCCCCCUGCCGCCAGCUGUAACAGGACCCAGAUGUUUUCCAGAUGUGCCCUCCUAGCCCCAGGGUGAGCAGGCUGCCAAGAAUGCAGAGAGGCUUGUGUCGACCUGCACCGAGCUGAUAAACAAGGGCAGGGGGCUGGGUGCCAGGUGGGCCCCCUCCGUGAGUGAGGCCUCUGGGGGGCAGGGGCUGACAGCACGGAGGAGAUGGGCUCUGCCUAGCCAGGAUCCAGUAAGCAGCUUCCUGGGGAGGCUGCAGGGGGAAGGAGGGUGGUAGAAGGGAUGCCUGGAGCCUUUGGGGGGGAGGGGACAGGAGCCCAGAGCCAGCCAGCUGCCCUCCCAUGCCAGCCUGGGGCAGCUGUGCAUGGCACCCCUUGGCUCGGCCGUGCCCCACUGGCUCAUCUCAGGAGCCUUUGCCUGCCCCCCCAGACAGAGACUGGGGGGAAUCACCCGCUUGCACAGGGACAGAUUCUGAUCUCCCUGCCGGCACUGGGAGUGGGCAUGCGCCAGUCACCUCCACUUGUGCAGCGAGGGGCUUGCAUCUGUCCCUGGACCUCAACAGGCUGAUUCCUUGAUCCGAGCUGAUCCAAAGGAGCAGACGUAACUGCCCAGCCAGGAGGGGCUGGAGGGAGCCGGGAAAGCGCUAGGACACAGACUGCUAUUUAACCAGGCAAAGAAAACCCAAACUGGCCUUGCCUCGGUAUUUCUCACCUCCCUCCCACCCCGGACUGAGAAAUACACCGCGUGGAGCUAACCUGGCCUGCUGAUCGGCAGCGAGCUCCUGGCUUUCAGGCUGACCCCUCUCCCCAGCACUUUGCCUAUGGCUGGACUGUUCCAACUCAUCAGGUCAGGGACCGGCUCACCCCUCAAGUUUGUACAGGGCCUCGCACGUCGCAGAUGCUGUCGACACUACAGCAGCCAAGC